AUGAAUAUCACAGCAAAUUCAACAAAUACAACAACUGAAGGAGGAACAAGUAUUUCAGUCUCAGUGAACGUUUCAUCCUUAUCACCAAAUGCAACAGUCAAUCGAACUCAAAGUGAAACAACAACAACCUCUCUCGUUACAAGUACGAUUUCCACUACCGUUGCUGUAACACCAACAAGUGCGACCAAUGUUUCCAUGGAUGCCAGUUCGCAUACGACUACGAAUGCUACAGAAAAAGCUAGGUUACUUGGUCGUAAUAAGUGUUAUUGCCUGAUACGCCAUACGUCUCUGAGCAGCCUCUUGUUUAAGUUGACCAAACAAAUAGAUAAAUUUGCUAGAUCACUAGCCGUUAUGUGUACGAUGCCAAUAACUUAG